UGUCAUGUGACCCAGUGCCCAUAAUAAUGAGAAUUGCAUGAUUAGCUGCGCUGGUUGAUGGUGCAAAAUAACUAAUUUAAGUGUACAUAAAUAUUGCUAACGUUGCCGAUAGACCAUAAAUUAGUAGACUAGGCCUAAUACUAAAUCUGCCUUACUAUCCCACAUCUGGAGCCCCUAAAAUGGCGGAAGUGGAGGAGCAGGGAAGAAAAUUAAGUGAAGAAUCCACAGAUGAGUCAGAGGAGGAGGAUACAGAGGAGGAGCCUAAACUGAAGUAUGAGAGGCUGACCAAUGGUGUGACCGAGAUCUUGCAGAAGGAUGCGGCCAGCUGCAUGACAGUGCAUGACAAGUUCCUGGCUCUUGGGACACACUUUGGGAAGGUUUACCUUCUGGAUAUCCAAGGAAAUGUUACACAGAAGUUUGAAAUUAGUUCAGUGAAAAUAAACCAGAUCAGUUUGGAUGAGAGCGGUGAUCAUGUUGGCAUCUGCUCUGAAGAUGGAAAGGUGCAAGUGUUCGGCCUGUACACCAGGGAGGGCUUCCACGAAAACCUUGACUAUCCCAUCAAGGUUGUGGCUCUACACCCCCAGUUCAGCAAAUCCAACAAUAAACAGUUUGUGACUGGAGGAAAUAAGCUUUUACUUUAUGAGAGGAACUGGCUGAACCGUUGGAAGACCUCUGUUCUGCAUGAAGGAGAGGGAAACAUCACCAAUGUGAAAUGGACAGCCAAUCUAAUUGCCUGGGCAAACAAUGUGGGUGUGAAAAUUUACGACAUCUGCAGUAAACAGCGCAUCACUAACGUGUUGCGGGACAACACCAGUCUUAGGCCGGAUAUGUACCCCUGCAGUCUGUGCUGGAAAGACAACACCACGCUGAUCAUCGGCUGGGGCUCUUCUGUUAAGAUAUGUGUUGUUAAAGAGCGUGACCCAACACAAAUGAGAGAUCUACCCAGUCGCUAUGUUGAGAUUGUGUCAGCAUUUGAGACCGAGUUCUUCAUUAGUGGAUUGGCGCCUUUGGCAGAUCAGCUGGUCACUCUGUACUAUGUCAAGGAGAGCUCUGAGCACGUGGAGGAGGAGUUCAGAACACGGCCUCGUUUAGACAUCAUCCAGCCGUUAGCUGAGGGCUGUGAGGAGAUUUCAUCAGAUGCUCUCACUGUACGCAACUUCCAGGAGAACCAGUGCAGGGACUACAGGCUCGAACACUCUGAGGGAGAGUCUCUGUUCUACAUCAUCAGCCCUAAAGACAUUGUAGUGGCUAAAGAAAGAGACCAGGACGACCACAUUGACUGGCUUCUGGAGAAGAAGAAAUAUGAGGAAGCACUGAUGGCUGCAGAGAUCAGCUUCAAAAACAUUAAACGGCAUGAUGUACAGAAAAUUGGAAUGGCGUACAUCAAUCAUCUGGUGGAGAGAGGAGAUUAUGAUGCAGCUGCCAGAAAGUGUCAAAAAGUGCUUGGAAAGAACAUGGAUCUCUGGGAGAAUGAAGUGUACAGAUUCAAAACCAUUGGACAGUUGAAAGCCAUCAGUCAGUACUUACCAAGAGGAGACCUUCGUCUUCGACCAGCAAUUUAUGAGAUGAUACUUCAUGAGUUCCUCAAGACUGACUAUGAGGGUUUUGCCACACUGAUUCGUGAGUGGCCGGGAGAGCUGUAUAACAACAUGGCUAUAGUUCAGGCAGUGAAUGAACACCUGAAGAAGGACCCCACCAACAGCAUGCUUCUCACCACACUGGCCGAACUCUACACGUAUGAUCAGCGUUAUGAUCGUGCUCUGGAGAUCUACCUGAAACUGAGACACAAAGAUGUUUACCAGCUCAUUCACAAACACAACCUAUUCUCCUCCAUCAAGGACAAGAUUGUCCUGCUCAUGGAUUUCGACAAAGAGAAAGCUGUUGACAUGCUGCUGGAUAAUGAAGAUAAGAUAUCGAUGGACAAAGUGGUGGAGGAAUUAAAAGACAGACCUGAGUUGUUACAUGUGUAUUUGCAUAAGCUGUUUAAGCGGGACCACCAUAAGGGACAGAAGUACCAUGAGAGGCAGAUCAGUUUGUAUGCUGAGUUUGACCGGCCCAACUUACUGCCCUUCCUCAGAGAGAGCAUGCACUGUCCACUAGAGAAGGCUCUGGAAAUCUGUCAGCAGAGGCACUUUGUAGAAGAGACGGUCUUCCUGCUCAGUCGUAUGGGAAACUGCAGACAUGCCCUGCAGAUGAUCAUGGAGGAGCUGGCGGAUGUGGACAAAGCCAUUGAGUUUGCUAAAGAGCAGGAUGACAGAGAACUCUGGGAGGAUCUCAUCUCUUACUCUAUAGACAAACCACCGUUUAUCACAGGCCUCUUGAAUAACAUCGGAACCCAUGUGGACCCCAUCCUGCUCAUUCACCGCAUUAAAGAAGGGAUGGAGAUUCCUAACCUCAGAGACUCGCUGGUCAAGAUCCUACAGGACUACAAUCUACAGAUCUUACUGAGAGAGGGCUGUAAGAAGAUCCUUGUUGCAGAUUCACUGUCUCUUCUACAGAGGAUGCACAGGACGCAGAAGAGAGGAGUGCGGGUGGAUGAAGAAAACAUCUGUGAAUCCUGCCACACUCCUAUUUUACCAUCAGACACGGCUCAGGCAUUCGGUGUGGUGGUGUUUCACUGCAGACACAUGUUCCACAAGGAGUGUCUACCGUCCCCUGGGAACCUCCCAGGAAUCCAGUAUUGUAACAUCUGCAGUGCAAAGCGGAGAGGACCGGGCAGUGGCAUACUGGAGAUGAAGAAAUAAUAAUUUCUACAAGUAAAAUAACAGUUAUACAAUUAGAACCCGUUACAAAUUAAAUAAUCUUCCCUUUACUAACAGUAUUUAUUAAUGCAAGCUUGUGAUCGCUAGAUUUUGUUUCACAAAAGCGCCAAUAAAGCACUCCCGUAAUCUGUUGAAGUGUGUUGCCACAAUGUUCCAAACUAGCCAUGUACAGUAGUGCAUCAUCACAUUUUUUUUUUCCCUAAAAUCUUUUUUUCAUUAAGAGAACUUUGAUUACUAAUUAUAUUUAUGAAAGGAGCUUGUAUGAACAGACACCAUCAGGAACAUUUUACAGUGUCAUUCAGAUGAAUGCAAAAUGUCCGUUUUUUUAAGGCUAAACUUUACUGAUAUGUCAUAUAUACUGCAAUAAUGCGGCACAAAAUUCAGCGAAAUAUAUACAAAACCACAGUUUUAAUACACUACCGGAAUAAGAGCAAACAGCCCAGCAGUUUUUGUCCAGUCAAAAGAAAAACAUGGUGAGUCUGAGAGGUUUUAACGUACAAUCAGAAUAGCUGGAUUGCUAUUUGCCAACUAAAUGUGGAAAGUUUAACACUGCAAAAUGGCUCCACGUCAGCCUUUACCUCGUCUACACAAGCUGGAACUCAUUUGACAUGGCCAACUAUUCAUUGCAAUGACUGCAGCGCCUGCUACAGGCCACAGCUACAAAAAUACACAUCAAACCACAAACAUGAUAUGAGAUUAGAAAGGUUAAGCUUUAAUAAUGGUUUGUCAAUAAUCAUGGAAUCAAAUAAAAUGAGGAGAGGAACAGGGAUGAAAGGAUUAAAGGGACAUUGUUAGAGAAAAUCCAUUAUUCGCAAUAUGUUGACAAACUAGCGUAGAACUACAUUCUCACAGAGGGAUACGAAGGUGGUUUUUACUCCUCAGAGUGGCAAGAAUCACAUCAAGCAGGCUUUAUCUGCAAAACGACCAGGAAGUGCCAUCCAAAACACUAUUUUAACACAUUCUCUAAAUAUAUAUAUAUUUCUCUCCCAUCACUUUCAUAUCUUUUUUUUUUUUUCUUUUCCCCACAGUAAGGCCACUACAAAAAGUAAAUUUGAAGACUUAACACCUGUGUAGACAGAUCUUGCAAAAUUGCGAGGGGAAAAAAAAAUAGAAUUUAAGUUUAAGGUCGAAACACUGAGUCACUCCCUUUUUUGGCCGGACUGGUGUUAAUUCCUGCAGCCAAUCAUAGCCCAGGACCUGGUCGACAUGGUAACCACAGAGAUAUGUAACUGAGAAAUGCCCAAAUCCAAAACUCCCAGCUUUCUGUCAUCACAAUGUAAGAAAAAA